AUGUCGCAAAAGGGGGUGGACGGGAGGUGGGAGUUUGAGAAGAACAUUGGAACAGGAGGCUUUGGACUUGUGAAGCUCUUCACUAACCUGGAAACGGGGGCCAAGAUAGUGCUAAAGGAGUGCCGUCUCAUCAGCCUCAGUCAAGACGACAUAGAUCGCUGGCGAGGAGAGAUGGAGAUCAUAAAGAAACUCGACCACAUGAACAUCGUGAGGGCUCUCAAUAUGCCAGCUGGUCUGGACCCUAUGGCAGUUGGGGACACUCCCUGCAUAUGUAUGGAGUACUGUGAUGGUGGAGAUCUUAGACAGGUGAUCUACAAGCUGACAGACUUUGGCUAUGCCAAGCAGUAUGACAACAGUAGUGUCUGUACAUCUCUAGUGGGCACCGUCCAAUAUGUGGCUCCUGAGGUCCUGAAAGACAAACAGUACCAUAGCAAUGUUGAUUUCUGGGGGUUUGGAGUAAUAGUAUUUGAGUGUAUAUCUGGCAAGAGACCUUUUCUCCACGGACAUCCCUCUGCUGGCUUCGCCUGGGUGGAUUGUGUGGCAAAGAAAGGAGACAAGGACAUCUACAUCUACUGGGGAGACCAUCCCACAGACCCGGUCUACUCCUCCUCCCUCCCCCAGCCUCACAGGCUGUGCAGACCAUUUGAGGUGUUGGUGACGACGUGGCUCCAGUCAGCUCUCCACAAGGAACCCCUGAGGAGAGGAGUGAAGACCUCUUCCUUUGAGACUGCACCAUUUCUCUCUGUCAUGGAACACAACCUCAACACUCUGAUUGUGAGUGCUCUCUGCAUGCAGACUGGAGACGUAUAUUCAUACAUUGUCAAGGCUGAGGACACAGUGGAAGACCUGAAGGUUCAUAUCCAUGACUCGACCACAGUCCCCACUGCAGAGCUGUACCUGGCUCUGCCCAAUGGCCACAUGAUGGAGAACAGAGAACAAGUCUCCUCUUGUAUCAUGGAAGGAAACGUGGGGAUGGUCUACCUGUUCUCAACAGCUCUUGAUCCGUCGUUCAAGAUGAUGAGAGACACUAGUCCGGCCAUUGGAACUCUCAUUGUCAAUGGCGAUGAGUCAAUACCGAAACAAGAACGUAGAGAGGUAUACUCUCACACAUUCUUCCACAUACGACAACAGUACCACCUCUUUGAACGACUACACAAGGGACACAAAUGUAUUCUAACGACAAUCCACAGACAGUGUGUGGAGGUGAGGGAGCAGGAGGGAGUUCUAAACUCCGCCUACCAAUCAACUGAAUCUCUCACUCAACACAUCUACCACAUGCAACAGGCUGAUAUGGAUAGACUAAGAAAAAUGGUGGAGACCAAUGGGAAAGAAAGUUCUCUGGCCCGUACUCUGGCACAGUGGGAGCAGCUAUCACAUCAACUAAACCAACACCUUCAGAAUCUCUCCCAGUUGGGAGUUGAGAUAGGGAGACUUCGCCAGGAGACUGAAACUUACCUCAGACUGGCAGACGAACUAAAGACUGCAUCUGAGAGAAACGAAACCAUCUUCUAUGACUUCUACCAGCAGUAUGUUAUUCGUGCAAGAAAGAUAUACUCUGAUGCCAAAAGCAAUAACGGGAUGUCAACAGUGGGAAGAAUGGCAGAUGUGUUGGUCGGUGCCAAGCAGCAGGCAGAGAAGAUAAUCCUCGAGACUCUAAACGGAUACAACUUUGCGAGGCAGUACGUUGCUAUGGGAGACCUGCUAAUGAGAUUGGGCCGGAAGAGAGAUGAGCUACUGGCACUCAAAGGACAAGUGACUGAGUUGAGUUCUCUUCAGAGAUCUGGGAUAUGGGUUCUACUUGAACAGCAGCUGCAGCAGAGGAGCAGAUCUCAUCAGUAUGAGAACGUUGAUGUCACUCAAUCAAUGACGCCAGACAUGGCUCAGCAGUUUCGCCGGAGGUCUAGCUCAGCCAGUGAAUACGGACCACCUGAUAGACAACCCUCCGUCUGGAGUCAACUAUCGGCAGAACUGAGUGAUUCGGACAUCAACGAACAGUUGGAGAAAUCUCUCAAGAAGAUCACUCGAGUCAUUUCGGUCCCCGAGAACGAGAAACUGGAGGAAGAGAACAAGUUUCUGCUGACGAGGCUGUCAUCUGUAGUGGAGCAGCUCUCUCUGGGCUCCACCAAUGGAGCUGCUGUGGCUAUGGAGAGUGGCCAUCACAGAGAUAGCGAUAGCUCUGAGUUCAGAAGCAGUUGGCAGCCACACGCACAUGAACCCAGCCAAAAUUUCUAGCACACAAACUCACCUAUUUUGUUAUGUAUCAUGUUGAUGUAUAUAUUAAUGAAAUGCUUAUGUACAACAUUGCAAUUUGCAGUAAUUUUCGUUAUUUGCAGUUUUGUUGGCUAGACAAGUGGGCGAUCAUUAUGUCCCGGUAACUGUCCAGUCCAGGGACGAUUGCCCCCGGAAUCUUGGCGCGAUCGUCCCGCUUUCGCAAUCUUAUCUUCGCCUCGAACCACGGACCGCGCGCGAACUCUGCCGCUUCUUCAGCGCCCAUGGGGCCACCCUGCCGCCGUAGAGACUCGACGCUACACUCGGAAAGUGUCCCGGCGUAUUCGGUGUCUUGACCGACGAGGUAACGUUUCGCAUUCACGUGACCGGCGACGACACUAGCGACAGCCUCCGAGAAGCCCAUUUUCCGUAAAGCUGCGGCCCCUACCGACGCGUGGUGAACGACACCAACACUCGUGACUUCCCUCUCCCCGUCGCCGUCUCCCUCGGGCCACACGUGACCAAUGUCGUGUAGUAGAGCGGCCAGAACCUCCUCCUCGCUCUCUCCCUCUCGGCGCGCCAGGUCCGCUGUCUGCAGCGCGUGCUCUAACUGAGACACCUUCUCCCCGUGGUAUUCGGCCUGGCCUGCAGUGCUCAGCAGCUCCAGCAGACUGUCAACUAUGGCAGUUGCCAUUAUCGAUCGUGAGUCUGACCCCACCCCUAAUUACUAUAAUUAUAGCAUACCUCACACGAGCAGUAUUAGCUGGGGGUGACAACUUCAACAUACGCGCGGUGUUAUACGUGCGAUCGACGUUCCACAGCACAAUAGUUGCUGGUUU